CUCCUCACCUCAACACCCUCCCCCCCCGGGCUGUCAGAGUGAGUGUGAGGGCUCUUCACUUCAAACCUACCCGCAUCCUCAGACUGUCAGCUCAAUCACUUAUUUCAUUUAUUCAGCUAUUUCCUUUCUGAAUUCCGUCCACGUAUUUCUGAGGCUUCUUGUACCAAAGCUCGCUGAUUUAUUUAUAUAUAUAUAUGUUUUUAAAUUAAUGUAGUUAUUUAGAUUUUAGGACUUUGAAAACAGCUUCAGACUGUCAAUUUGCUGGAGAAUCUGUGGAAUUUGCAGUUUUUGCUCGCCUCAGGCUUAGCUGCUGCUCUUUUUUUAGGUGCAGGAAAUCAAACUUUAAAAAUUACCCCAGGUUGUAAUUUCCAGGUUGAUGUCGAUGCGAUGAGGAUUUUGGGGCUAAAUCUGCUAAUUUGUCCUAAAUCUUUAUUCUACCGAACACCUGCGGGGUAGCUUUGCCGUUGUUUUCGCGUGUUUUGUUUUCAAAAUUUAAAUUUAGUGGUGUGUGUCCUUGUGACAUUUACAUCGAGGAAUGAAAUAUCGAAUUGCUUAGGAAAGGUUUUGUUUAUUAGUUUUGUAUUUUUUUUUUCGUUUUUCAAUUGUUAAAAUAAUGGGAGGGAUGCAGAGAAAAGAUGCAGCAAUUUGGCAGCAAACCAAAGCACUUAUAUACAGAAAUUUCCUCAUCAAAAGGCGGAACAAAGAUCAGACUUUGCAGGAAUUACUAUUACCACUCUUUUUAGUUUUUGCCCUGGUUUGUUUAAGUGUUCUUGUACCUCCACAAUUGUACUUGAAGACACUCACCAGUGAGCCAGAGGAGCUGGAUGAUUUUGUACCACAGAACUACAGACUUGGAUAUACGCCAGUGAACAAUCACACCAAGGAAAUCAUGGAGGAAGUAGGGGCACUGCUUGAAAUGGUACUGCAAGGAUUCAGAGAUGAACAAGCAAUGGAACAAGCUUGCUGUUCACAUGCCUCUAGACCAUUAGUGGGAGUUUCAUUCAUCAAUUCUUUGUCAUAUCAACUUCGAUAUCCCUACAAUAAAGUUCCACGUACCACUGAAAGGAUUGACUUCAUUGAUGAGAAAGCAAGUUGCCGUUUGGAUUCUGCCCCCUUAAGUCAACUGACAGACUGUCCUGGUGCUAUGUACCUAUUGUCAGGAUUUGCAACAAUACAAAAACAUAUUGAUGUUGCCAUCAUCAAGACACAAACCAAUUAUUCUGUCUGGAAGGAUAUCAUGCCUCUACACAUACAGAUGAUGGGGUUACCAAGUCAUGUUGGUGCAGACAUCUUUUCGCACCUUGUCACUUCUCUUUACUUUGUUAUUGCCUUUGUGCCCUUUGUCAAUUUUCUGCUGAUCAACCUUGUAACAGAGAAAAAGGAAGUGAAAGAUGUGAUGAAGGUGAUGGGACUAUAUGACUCUGCUUUCUGGCUUUCCUGGGGCUUACUGUACAUGGUUUUAAUCUUCAUUCUAUCCUUGCUGAUGGCAGUCAUUGCUACACAGACAUCUCUGUUUCCAAGAAGCAGCAUAUUGAUCAUCUUUCCAUUGCUGUUUUUGUUUGGAAUUUCUAUAAUUCCCUUUUCAUUUCUGUUGACUCCACUUUUUAAGAAUCAGAAGAUUGCUGGCUUGGUUGGAUCAUUAAUGCUGAUGGGUUUUGGAUUGUUUAGCCUUCCUACUGUGCUGGUCAGAGAUUUUCCAGUGUCUGCUGUUUGGGGACUUUGUUUGUUCUCCCCUAGUGCCUUAGCCAUUGGAAUUGCACAGGUUGUGCUUCUUGAAGCUAUUGGUGAUGGUGCUCAACCCUCAAAUUUGUCAGCAAGCCCAUUCCCCUUGUAUAUCCCACUUUUCAUGUUAGUCCUAGACAGUUUCCUGUAUCUGCUUGUGGCUGUAUACCUUGACCAAGUCCUCCCAGGUGAAUUUGGACAGCGUCAACCUUUCUUCUACUUCCUUCAACCCUCAUAUUGGUUCCAUAAGCAGAAACAUUAUGAUCAUAUUGAUGCAGUUAGCAGAAAUGAAUUUGGCCUUGGACCCGGGUUUAGUGAGGUGGUGGAAGCAGUACCUGCAGAGCUUAAGGGUAAAGAAGCAAUCAGGUUAAAUGGUGUUCACAAGUUAUAUAAAGGGAAGGAGAAAAAGGUGGAAGCGCUGAAAGGUUUGUCAUUUGAUGUUUAUCAAGAUCAGAUCACAGCACUACUGGGCCACAGCGGAACUGGAAAAACAACAUUAAUUAGCAUUCUCUCAGGACUAUGUCCUCUGUCAGAUGGAUGUGCAACAGUUUAUGAAUACAGCGUUUCUGAAUUAGAUGAAAUAAUUCAAAUCAGAAAGAUGAUGGGGGUGUGUCCACAAUUUGAUGUCCUAUUUUACAGUCUUACAGUAAAGGAGCAUUUAAAAAUACUCGCUAUGAUAAAAGGAAUCCCAGCACAGGAAAUUGAUAAAGAGGUGCUGAAUGUCAUAAAAGAACUGGAUAUGGAAGCAAUUAUGGAUGUCCGUGCAGAAAAGCUCAGUGGUGGACAAAAAAGGAAGCUUUCAAUGGGAAUGGCAAUUUUGGGCGAUCCUAAGGUUUUACUCCUUGACGAACCAACUGCUGGGAUGGAUCCUUGUUCUCGACAGCAGGUGUGGGCCUUGCUAAAAAAGAGGAAAGCAGGAAGGGUGAUACUGUUGACCACACAUUUCAUAGAUGAAGCUGAUAUUCUGGCAGAUCGUAAAGCUGUCAUCUCACAAGGGCAGCUCAAAUGUGUUGGCUCCUCAUUGUUCCUGAAAGCAAAAUUUGGUGUGGGCUACAACCUCAGAAUGUCUGUAAAUGAGUCCUGCUACCCUGAAAAAGUGACAUCUUUGGUCAAAUACCACAUACCAAAUGCUGAGUUUUCACAAUUGCAUGAUCUGGAUCUGGCAUACACUUUGCCACUUCAGGAUGUUAACAAAUUUGCAGGUCUCUUUGAAGAUUUGGACAGCCGUAACAAUCUCGGUAUUGACAGCUAUGGGGUUUCCAUGACAUCCUUGGAAGAAGUUUUCCUGAAAUUGGAAGCAGAAUCAGAAAUAGAUCAAACAGAUUAUAGUGUUUUUACCAAGGAUCCAGCACCGGAUGUAAUAGCAAAUGAAGAAGAUGUUUGCAUUGACUGCAUUGAUCACCAACUCUUAACUUUUCCAGAAACUAAUUCAGCAAUGCUGUCUGGCAUUGCUCUGUGGCAACAGCAGUUUCGCACCGUGGCUUGGUUGCGCUUGAUUAAUUUUAGUCGAGAACGCAGUACACUCCUUUAUAUCAUUUACAUUAUCGGCAUUUUGAUAUCCAUUGUGGUUAUGAUGGCUUUAUUAAACGGUACACUUAGUCGAAAGGAUGUUGCAGUGGAACUAUCCCCUGAGCUAAUUCUACUCCACCAAGGCCGAAAGCUCCACAAAUAUACCACUGGUCUCCUUCUGAAAAAUUCUACAGGUAGUAGUAUUGAUAAACUUAUCCAUGCUUUGGAAGCUCAGAGUGUGAAAGUGGAGCUGUUCAAUGAUAAUGAGUUCACGGAUGCCGCUCCACACAAUGCAGCACUAAAUGUGUCGCUGUCAGAAGAGAAACAGUACAUGUUCACAGCCGUGUUUAAUAGCACAGUGAUUCACUCAUUGCCAGUGUUGAUCAACUUAAUCAGUAAUGCCCUUCUCAUUAGCGUAAAUGGAUCCGGAGGGAUUCAAGCUUGGAGCAAACCAUUUCACUUAACAAUUACUGAUGCUGACUUUAAGGAAAAGGUUUAUAUGGCUUUGGCAAUAUUGGGAUUGCUAUCAGCUGCAUUGCCAGGAUGCUACACCAUGGAUAAUUCACGUGAUCGUGAGAUUAAAUCUCGCUCUCAACUCCGGCUUUCUGGUCUCUUUCCUUCUGCCUACUGGUGUGGUUACGCUCUGGUGGAUAUCCCAGUUUAUUUCAUUAUAGUUGUGAUCAUGCUUGGCUGUGUGAUUGCAUUUAAUUCCACAUCUUUGCUUCAUACAGGUGCUAUAAUUUCAAUGAUGCUGUGUCUCAUUGGCUGGGCUCCAGCGAUGACGCUCUUUGCCUAUGCUUAUUCCUUCAGGUUUGAUCGAAUGCAGUCUUCUCGAGACUUUUUUUUGAUCUCUUCAGUUAUUAUUAAUAUAAUUUCGAUCAGCCUAAUAUUCUUAGUCCGGUUAAUACUAAAGGAAACAGCUGCCAACAUGCUGCACUGUGCUUUGUCACUUUUUAUUCCACCAUACGUAAUAACAGGAUGCUUGUAUUACACAGCCAAGGUUUUUCUGGAUCACAAGGAUGAGCCUAGUCUAACAGUAGGAACAUACCUGGCGUGGAAACAGAACAUCCUUAUAACUAUCAUCUCACCCUAUAUUCAAUGCAUAAUUCUUCUAUUUGUACUACGCCAACUAGAAAAGAUUCAUGGUGGAAAAGCAAUUCGAGCAGAUACAUGUUGCAGAAUUUUUCCCUCAAAGAGUAAAUUCAAACUAAAUACAGAAGAACCUGAGAAUGAGGAUGAUGAUGUCAAAGAAGAAAGGGCAAGGGUUCGGGAUGCAUUGACUUGUCAGAGCUGUGAGGAGAAACCAGCGAUUGUGGUCAGUAACAUGCGUAAAGUUUACUCUGGAAAGCCUCAGGUGUGCAAUUGCUUUUCAAAGAAAAAAAAUAAAAAUACAGUGGCAACCAAAAAUGUCUCCUUUUGUGUAAGAAAAGGUGAAGUUCUGGGGUUACUAGGUCCAAAUGGUGCAGGGAAAAGCACUACUAUUUCCGUGAUCACGGGUGACUUGGAACCAUCGGCUGGUCAGGUAUUGAUGGGAGACUAUUCAACUGAAUAUUUGCAAAGAGAAAGCUCUGUGGAAACUAUAGGCUAUUGUGCACAGGUGAACCCACUCUGGCCUAAGCUUACUGUACAGGAACACCUGGAGAUAUAUGCAGCUAUCAAGGGACUCAGUAAAGAGGAUGCAGCAAAUGCUAUUAAACGCAUUGUAAAAGCACUUGAACUGAAGGAAUAUCUCCAGAAAUCGACAAAGAAAGUCUCCACCGGAAUAAAGAGAAAACUUUGCUUUGCAUUGUGCAUGUUGGGAAAUCCCCAGAUUGUAUUAAUGGAUGAACCAUCAACAGGCAUGGAUCCUAAAGCCAAACAGUUUAUGUGGAGAGCAAUUCGGGCUGCAUUUAAGGACAGACAACGUGGUGCCAUCCUGACCACACACUAUAUGGAGGAAGCUGAAGCACUUUGUGAUCGAGUUGCUAUCAUGGUGUCAGGACAGCUGAGGUGUAUUGGCUCCAUACAGCACCUGAAGAGCAAGUAUGGUGGUGGAUAUACACUGGAAAUUAAAUUGAGGGGUGAGAUGACAGAAACACAACGAGUAUCUGAUAUUCAUGAUAAAAUAAUGCAAAUCUUUCCACAUGCUUCACGCCAGGAAAGUUUUGUUGCAAUGAUGACAUACAAAAUUCCCAAGGAUGACGUGAAGUCUCUGUCAAAGGCAUUUUCUAAGCUCGAGGAAGCUAAACACUGUUUUGACAUAGAAGAAUAUAGUUUCUCACAGUCAACAUUGGAACAGGUUUUCAUGCAGUUUGCUAAAGAACAAGAAAGUAGUGAAGAAGAUUAUAAAACCUUGGAUACAAGCUUUCGGUGGCAGCAGCUUCAACAAAAUGAAUGUUAAAAAGGUUCAGUUGUUCUACUGCCUUAUAACAGGGAAACCUCAAUACAGUAUUCAGUUGAUCUUUAUUAAGUCAGAUUUCUUGAUUGCUGGAGCACAGCCUAUAACAUUUUAAUGAGGAUGCCACACUGAUUGAGGCAUGCGGUGAGAACAGCCCCUCUAGAUGUUCCAGGACUUGUACUUAUCCACGGCCACAGUGGCAGAGACUAAGUGAAGAGGAAUUUUAAAAAGAUAUAUGCAGCUGCCUUUACAACUGUUGUGUACUUGACAUUGCUGGUAGUAGUUACUGAAAAUGCUAUUACAUUAAAUUUUAUUUGUUCUUUCAAGUGUAGUUAAGAUUUUAAUACACAAGUUAUAAAUGACAGAAACAAACAUGCAUGCAUAUUGUGCCAGAGAUGUCUCCUUAAUUUGGUAAUACAAUGGAUUUUAAUAUAUAAAUUCCUUCUAUUUGAAAUCCUUACUGUAGCAGCGACUCUCAACACAUUGCACAUGACAUCUCGCCUUUCCUCAAUUGCCACUGGCUGCUAAUGCCACAUUUUAAAACCAGAUCAGAUGACAACAAGGAAUUUGUUUUUUCUGUGUUGCCCAAGCUUCAGUUCACACAUUUCUAACUUGCAAAUUAGAAGCAAGCAAAAAAGGAAAAGUUUUUAGGCCAUAACCUUUUACUGGACAUGAGUGGAUUUGUUUCCAGGGUAAUAGCAUUGAUCACAGAAAAUGAUUAUUUAUUAUAUUACAUAUUGUGAUGUAUUACCUUUGUGUACACAGUACCUUCUAAAAAUCUUGGCCUUAACACAAAAAAAGUGAAAUGGUUAAUUGUCAGUCUACAGACUAGGUACGUUGAUAUCCCCAUUUUCUGCCAGCUUUAAGCAACUUGUUUUACAAAAACUGUGGCUCAAUGUGAAUUAUUGCUGCCAUUUUUAAAUUGGGAAUCUCACUGGAACAAAAAUCAUCAGGAAAUAACCUUUUUUUAAGCAUCAGCAAUCACAUCUGAGUAUGGAGUACUUUACUGUACUUUGUUAAUAAAGACUAACUGGUAUAUUAAAGACCACUAAAUAAAAUUUUAUAAUCACUUUGCACUGUGCAACUUGUACACCUUAUUUGUUUUUAGGUGUUUUAUGCCUUUUAUCAUUAGUUUAGAAUUUUAACGUUGGAGUGUUAUUUAGUGUAAAUGAGCAGUGUAUUGUGUUACUUUGUUUUUAAUUUUAUAAUUCAAUGUGCAGCUAUUGCUCUCUUGCCUAUAGUGGUUGGUAAGGAUAUGGAAAAUAUGAAAAAGCAAGGAAAGACUGGUUGUGAACAAAGUGAUUAAAGUUAUUGCUUCUUAGGAA